CUCACUGACGUAACAGCAUUAAUCUACUUAGCCAUCACAGAAGCCAGUUGGGGCAAGGAAGAUGAAGUCCUCAUUACAUUCUGAAGAGGAUGAUUUUGUUCCAGAACUACAUAGAAAUGUUCACCCCCGAGAGAGGCCUGAUUGGGAAGAAACACUUAGUGCAAUGGCCAGGGGAGCAGAUGUUCCAGAGAUUCCUGGAGAUCUUUCUCUUAAGACAUGUGGCAGUACAGCAAGUAUGAAGGUUAAGCAUAUGAAAAAGUCCACCACCCCAGGACUGAUGGGCUGUGACAACAUUCACAGGUUGCCCUUCACUAAGGGUCACUUUCCGAAGAUGGCUGAAUGUGCACAUUUCCAUUAUGAGAAUGUUGAAUUUGGCAGCAUACAGCUUUCACUUUCUGAAGAACAGAAUGAAGUAAUGAAAAAUGGUUGUGAAUCUAAAGAGCUGGUCUACCUUGUGCAGAUUUCCUGUCAGGGCAAAAGUUGGAUUGUUAAAAGAAGUUAUGAAGAUUUUCGGGUACUUGAUAAACAUCUUCAUCUGUGUAUUUAUGACCGACGGUUCUCCCAACUCUCCGAGCUGCCCCGUUCUGACAGCCUCAAGGACAGUCCAGAGUCCAUCACUAAGAUGCUCAUGGCUUACCUGUCCCGCCUUUCAGCCAUUGCUGGCAACAAGAUCAACUGUGGGCCUGCGCUUACCUGGAUGGAGAUUGAUAACAGGGGAAAUCACCUUCUAGUUCAUGAAGAAUCAUCCAUCAACACUCCCGCUGUUGGUGCCGCCCAUGUUAUCAAGAGGUACACUGCUCGUGCCCCUGAUGAACUGACCCUAGAGGUGGGAGACAUUGUUUCUGUUAUUGACAUGCCCCCAAAGGUGUUAAGUACGUGGUGGAGAGGCAAGCAUGGAUUUCAGGUGGGACUCUUCCCUGGACAUUGUGUUGAGUUAAUUAACCAGAAAGUUCCCCAGUCAGUGACCAACUCAGUGCCAAAGCCCGUGUCUAAAAAGCACGGCAAGCUCAUCACUUUCUUACGAACAUUCAUGAAGUCUCGUCCAACAAAACAGAAGCUAAAGCAGCGGGGGAUCUUGAAAGAGAGAGUGUUCGGUUGUGACCUUGGGGAGCACCUUCUAAAUUCUGGUUUUGAAGUGCCCCAGGUUCUUCAGAGCUGCACAGCAUUCAUUGAGAGAUAUGGCAUUGUGGAUGGAAUAUAUCGUCUCUCGGGAGUUGCCUCCAAUAUCCAGAGACUACGCCACGAAUUUGACUCUGAGCAUGUCCCCGACUUGACAAAAGAACCGUAUGUGCAAGACAUCCAUUCUGUGGGCUCCCUCUGUAAGCUGUACUUCCGAGAGCUCCCAAACCCUCUGCUCACCUACCAGCUGUAUGAGAAAUUUUCUGAUGCUGUUUCAGCAGCAACAGAUGAAGAACGGCUGAUAAAAAUUCAUGAUGUCAUCCAGCAGCUCCCCCCGCCGCACUACAGAACACUGGAGUUCCUGAUGAGGCAUUUGUCUCUUCUAGCGGACUAUUGCUCCAUCACCAAUAUGCAUGCAAAAAACUUAGCAAUCGUCUGGGCUCCAAACCUGCUCAGAUCAAAACAGAUCGAGUCUGCCUGCUUCAGUGGAACAGCAGCUUUCAUGGAAGUGAGAAUUCAGUCUGUUGUUGUGGAGUUCAUCCUCAAUCAUGUGGAUGUGCUCUUCAGUGGCAAAAUCAGUGCGGUCAUGCAGGAAGGGGCAGCAUCUUUAUCCAGGCCCAAGUCUCUGCUUGUGUCCUCUCCAUCCACCAAGCUUCUGACUUUAGAGGAAGCCCAGGCAAGAACGCAGGCUCAGGGCAAUUCUCCAGUUGUGACUGAAAAUAAAUAUAUUGAAGUAGGCGAAGGACCUGCUGCACUUCAAGGGAAAUUUCAUACCAUAAUUGAGUUUCCACUUGAAAGAAAGAGGCCUCAAAAUAAAAUGAAAAAGUCCCCUGUGGGCAGCUGGCGUUCCUUUUUCAACUUGGGGAAGUCGUCAUCUGUCUCUAAGCGGAAGUUGCAGCGCAAUGAGAGUGAGCCUUCAGAGAUGAAGGCCGUGGCUCUGAAAGGUGGCAGGGCAGAAGGAACCCUCCGCUCAGCUAAAAGUGAAGAGUCUCUUACUUCUCUCCAUGCAGUUGACGGUGAUUCCAAGCUCUUCCGGCCGAGAAGACCCCGAUCUAGCAGUGAUGCCCUGUCUGCCUCUUUCAAUGGAGAAAUUCUGGGGAACCGCUGUAAUUCCUAUGAUAAUUUGCCCCAUGACAACGAGAGUGAGGAGGAAGUAGGGCUACUGCACAUUCCAGCUCUAAUGUCUCCUCCCUCCGCUGAGGACGUGGACUUGAGCCCACCUGACAUUGGAGUGGCCAGCCUGGAUUUUGAUCCAAUGUCCUUUCAAUGCAGUCCUCCUAAGGCCGAGCCAGAAUGUCUGGAGAGUGGUGCUUCCUUUUUAGAUUCAUUAGGAUACUCAAAGGAUAAACCAUGUGCCAAUAAGAAGGACACAGAAGCAGGUGGCAGCCAGUCUCAGACGCCAGGAAGCACUGCAAGCUCUGAACCAGUUUCUCCAAUUCAGGAGAAACUGAGUCCAUUUUUUACCCUGGACUUGAGCCCACCUGAGGAGAAAUCAUCUAAACCAUGCUCAUUCACUGAGAAGGUCGUCUAUGCGCUCUCUCCAAAGAUUGGACGGAAGUUGACUAAAUCACCCUCCAUGAACAUAUCUGAGCCAAUUUCAGUGACCCUUCCACCUCGCGUGUCAGAAGUCAUUGGUAUCAUCUCAAAUACUGCAGCUCAGAAUGCAUCCUCUUCAACCUGGGACAAAAGCGUGGAAGACAGUGAUGUCACAGAUAGAUCCCCCACCCAGAUAGUAAAGAUGGAAGCAAAUGAGAGAGAGGCCCAAGAAGGACGUGAACCUGACAUCCAGCCCCUGGACCAGGUGGCUGCUGAAGAAGUAGAAUUGCCAGGGAAAGAGGAGCAGUCUGUCCCGAGCAGUCAGAGUAAGGCUCUAGCUCCUGGACAGACUCAGACAGGAGCAGUUACCCAUGACCCCCCUCAGGAUCCCGUUCCUGUCAGUUCAGUCUCUCUUAUCCCACCACCUCCGCCUCCGAAAAAUGUCGCCCGAAUGUUGGCACUAGCAUUAGCUGAGUCUGCACAGCAAGCCUCAACCCAGACAUUGAAGAGACCAGGGGCUUCCCAGGCUGGGUAUACGAAUUAUGGAGAUAUAGUGGCUACCACUGAAGAUAAGCUGCCCAGUCCCUACUCUAGUGUUGCUCUAGAUAAGGCCUAUUUCCAGACAGACCAAGCAGCAGAGCAGUUCCGCCUCCAGGACAGCUUGCUGAGGAACAGUGACCAGCCUCUCUCAGAGACAGCAGCUCCUGGGGACUCCCCCCACUCCCACACAACAGAGUCUGGGGAGCAUCUUCACCAAGCAGACUUACCAGGGAAUCAGUCACAUCGAAACUGUUUACCGGGAGACCCAGAGAAGGCCAGAAUCUCUUUGGCUCCCCUAACUGACUCCGAGAAGUCUGACGAUCUGGAGCGCCUACCUGAACGCCAAGCGGGGAAGCCCCGUGUGCUCAGUGUCUCCUUUGCGGAGCAGGACCGGUCGGCCCCCCACUACUACAGCGGUGGCCUGCGUCCCUCAUGCUUGGGUGCAAGUGUGGAGAAGCCCCAUCAGCCCUCAGAAUGUGCAGACGAAUCUCCCCUGCCCUUGAAUUUGCCUCGGGACAAAAGCUACCUGUCUCCUGGGUCCCCUGAAGAGAAUAGCGGAGCAGCCACCUUGGCUUCCAUGACAGCAGCCGAAACAAGCCCCAAGGAUGACAGUGGAGUGGUGGCUGAACAGCCUGCUGCUGCCGACUUUGCUGCUGCCACUCUGCAGCGCUCCCACAGAACCCACCGUCCCCUCCCUGCACCUCCUUCCCAGAGGCCAGCAGAGCACCUACCGGUCGUGGGGCAGGUACAAGCAGCACCCAGUGUAGGAGUAAAUAAUUCCCACAAGGCUCAAGGAGCAGUUCCAGCUCCAGAGAGGCCACCUGAGCCUCAAGCCAUGGAUGACCCUGUACCUGUCUUUGUCAGCGACGGCAGUGCAGCUGUCCAGUGCCCCAUGGCUGCUGCUGCUGCUGCUCUCCAGCCAGGCCUACCCGGGAAGGUUCGCGAAGGCAGUAGGCCCCCACUCCUCCACCUGCGUGCUGAGUCCUUCCCUGGGCACUGCUGUGCCUUCACAGCCCCAGUAGCCCCUACCAGGACAGUGGAAAGCAAAACGGCUGCAGCUGUGCACUCCAGCAGCGCAGAGGCCCCGAGCAGCUCUAGUUACCACUCCUUUGUCGCUGCUUCAUCAGCCUCGGUGGAUGACGUGUUGCCUCUACCACUUCCUAUCCCUCAACCUAAGCAUGCUUCUCAGAAAAUAGCUUACUCUUCCUUUGCCAGGCCUGAAGUUGCCCCUGAGCCCUUUGGCCCAGAAAAUUGCUUGCAUUUCAGUAUGACUCCAAACUGCCAGUUCCGUCCCCAGAGUGUACCUCCACAUCAUAAUAAAUUGGAGCAGCACCAAGUGUAUGGUACCCGGUCAGAGCCACCAACCUCCAUGGGUCCUCGUUACAAUACUUAUGUGGCUCCUGGAAGAAAUGGGUCUGGACACCACUCCAAGCCGUGCAGCCGAAUUGAAUAUGUUUCUUCUCUGAGCUCUUCAGUUAGGAGUGCUUGUUACCCCGAAGAUAUUCCACCGUACCCUACCAUCCGGAGGGUGCAGUCCCUUCAUGCACCCCCAUCGUCCAUGAUCCGCUCUGUCCCCAUUUCUCGGACAGAAGUUCCCCCUGAUGAUGAAGCAGCCUACUGUCCAAGACCCCUGUACCAGUAUAAGCCAUAUCAGUCCUCCCAGGCCCGCUCAGAUUACCACGUAACUCAGCUCCAGCCUUACUUUGAGAAUGGACGGGUACAUUACCGCUACAGCCCUUAUUCCAGCUCCUCUAGCUCUUACUACAGCCCUGACGGGGCCUUGUGUGAUGUGGAUGCCUAUAGCACAGUGCAGUUGAGGCCGCUUCACCGCCUGCCCAGUCGUGAUUUUGCUCUCUACAGUUCAAGACUACAAGGCAAGCCCUUGUGCAGUUACCCCGGCUUGCCUCCACGCCCCCGUACCGGUGGCGCUGGCUUUUUCUCUGGUAAUGACCAUAAUGCAGUCGGCGUGCCUCCGCCUGCUGAUGUAAAGCACACCUACACAUCAUGGGACCUGGAGGACAUGGAGAAAUACCGCAUGCAGUCCAUCCGGAGAGAGAGCCGAGCACGGCAGAAGGUGAAGGGCCCUGUCAUGUCUCAGUAUGAUAACAUGACCCCAGCCAUGCAGGAUGACUUGGGGGGGAUCUAUGUCAUCCAUCUGCGCAGCAAAUCCGAUCCUGGGAAAACUGGACUUCUCUCGGUGGCAGAGGGAAAGGAGGGACGACACCCAACCAAGGCUGUCAGUCCUGAGGGAGAUGACCGCUUCUGUAGGAAGCACCCAGAGCAAGAGUUCGAUAGAGUCCUCCACCAUGGGGUCUAUGGCAGCGCACAAGGGGAGAAGCCAUCCCUCCCUCAGAAGCAGAGCAGCCUUAGGAGCAGGAAGCUCCAUGACAUGGGGUGUAGUCUCCCAGAGCACAGGGCGCAUCAGGAAGCAAGCCAUAGGCAACUGUGUGAAUCAAAACAUGGGCCACCUCAUGCCCAAGCCUCUGGCCAGUUAGAUUAUGGGCCCAAAGGGAUUCCAGACACUGCCGAGCCAGGCAGCUACCAUAACUCUGGAGGAAAAUAUGCCCCAUCAGGGCAGGAGUCUUUAAGAUUAAACCACAGAGAGGUGAGGCUCUCCAAAGAGCUGGAGCGCCCUCGAACCAGACAGCCGCCAGCCCCUGACAAACACUCCAGAAACUGCUACAAGGAGGAGGAGCACCUCACCCAGUCAACGGUCCCACCCCCUAAGCCAGAGAGGAGUCAUAGCCUAAAGCUGCACCACACCCAGAACCUGGAGAGGGACCCCAGCGUGCUAUACCACUACCAAACACACAGCAAGCGCCAGAGCAAUAUGACUGUUGUGUCCCAGUAUGAUAACCUGGAGGAUUGCCAUUCCCUGCCCCAGCACCAGCGAGGCAGCUUUGGAGGGGCAGGGAUGGGGACCUACAUGCCCUCUGGCUUUGCCCACCCACAGAGCAGGACAUACGCCACAGCACUGGGUCAGGGGGCCUUCCUGCCCACAGAGUUGUCCUUGCAGCACCCUGACACACAGAUCCAUGCAGAAUGAGCCCUGGGAGCAAUAGAGUUGAAGCAGCCUCUGCUGGACAGUGGACUGUUCUAUUUUUUUCAGUAACCAAAAAGAUUAAAAAAAAAAAAAAAAA